UUUUAGUGUUGUUCAUCCAGCCCUAUCACAGAAGAGUACCAAAUCAUAACUGUCUAUCUUUAUCCUCUUCUCCCCUUUAAACUGUUUGAUUAUCAUUAAGCCUGUUCUAGAGUUCUCUUUAUUCAUUAUAGUGAAAUUGUGAAUUUGAAUAUUUUUAUGCCUUUUCAUGCCUAGACCUGAAAGAUAAAAUAAAUUCUAUAUUAAUAUGUAAUUUCUUCCUAUUCUAUCAUUUUUAUCUUGUUUAUUGUGGUAUUUGUUAUUUCCAUGUUUCCAUCACUAUUGAUCUAUGUUUUCUAAUACUUCACACCAUCAUCAUCACUAUCAGUUCCGUAGUAUGUUAUAUAAACUAAAACCAGAUGAUUAUGACGACUUAUGAUGAACACCCACAAAUCGUAGAGGACAAAAUCUGACUUUCAAUUUAUAAAUAAAAUAUUUAGAGAUAAUAUUCAGAAACCACAAAGUAUUAAAAAGGAUCAAAAUUAGCAUCAAUCCGGAAAAGGUGUUGCAUUGCAAUUUGCCAAUACAACUUGCAGCUUUAGGUGUGAUCAUCAUUUUAACAAAUUUAGCUGUGUGAUAACAACUUUAAGUUCAAAAAGGACCCGGAGAUCAUCAUUUUUUAUUUGUCAUUGAUUCGUUUCAUCUUUAAACUGUUUGGUUUUGCUGUUUCCAUUGAUAUUGACUAAGUGCGUCGAUUCGCCUGUAUUCACCAUUUUCAAACUUAAAAUCAAAUGACAAUGAAUAUUAAAAAAGGCAAAGGCGGAGAAGAAGUUUAUGUGAUAGCGAAAUACGAUUACACUGCUCAAGGCUCUCAGGAAUUGGACUUGAAGAAAAAUGAAAAGCUUACACUUUUAGAUGAUACUAAAAAUUGGUGGAAAGUGCUUAACUCUAAAAAUCAAGCCGGAUUUGUUCCAUCAAAUUAUGUUAAAAAAGAAAAACCAUCAAUAUUUGAUAGUAUACGAAAGAAAGUACGAAAACGUAGUGAGUCAAAAAGCAGUAUUUCAUCUCCAGUCUCAUCCCCAGUAGCAAGCAGAACGGUUGAUAUCAAUAUAAAUGGCUCACCGACCAGUGGAUGUAAUUUAAAUCGAUCUCCGGACUUAGAAGCCGCAAUUUGUGCCAAUCCAGUUACCUCAUCAUCUUCAUCAAAUCCAUCUCAAUCGAUAGCAUUGGUUAAAUACAAUUAUGAAGCUCAACAAUCAGAUGAAUUGUCUCUAGUCAAAGGAAGUCGUAUUCAUGUGCUGGAAAAAUCGAGUGAUGGUUGGUGGAAAGGAGAAAUAGAUAAUGUCGUUGGUUGGUUUCCAUCAAAUUAUGUUCUCGAAGAGCCUGCAGCUGCUGUACCAAUUGUCAAAGAAAACAAACCAGAAGUCAUCCUUAAUGGCAGACACGGUAAUGGUAGUGGAAUAAACAGUAAUAAUGUCGGUGUCAACAGUGAUGUUGGUGCUCCUGGUUGUUCAAUGGUAAACAAGGUACCCGUAGAUAAUGGUCUCAAUAGAAAUCAACCAACAGUUGAAUUCGAAGUGGUCAUUGCACUUUACUCUUUCACCUCUCAAAAUGAAGAAGAAUUGAGUUUUCAACGUGGUGAAAGAUUAGAAAUAAUUGACAAACCUUCUAAUGAUCCAGAUUGGUGGAUGGCAAGAAACGCUUCAGGUGAUACUGGUUUGGUUCCUAAGAAUUAUGUUCAAUUAAUCAGUGACAAACAAGAAACUACCGUAAAUGUGUCUAAUAGCAAUCAAAUGGUCUCUGGAGUCGCUAAAGACUUGGCAAAACUGUUGCUCUCAGAGACUGCGAAAUCAUCAGGACCUGUGAGUGGCCCAUACAAAAACGGAGGAGCUCAUAAUGACCUGCAAGCAAAACCAUGGUACUUUGGAUCAAUUUCAAGAAGUAUUUGUGACCAAAUGCUUAAUGAAAGUGCUACUGAUGGUGAUUUUCUUAUUCGAGAUAGUGAGACAAAUUUUGGCGAUUUUUCAGUGUCUCUUAAAGCUCCCGGCAGAAACAAACAUUUCCGUGUACAUUUUGACAGUGGUGUAUAUUGCAUUGGUCAGAGAAGGUUUAACUCGCUCGAUGAAUUGAUUGAACAUUAUAAAAAGGCGCCCAUCUAUACAACGCCAAAAGGACAAAAGAUGUAUUUAAUCAAACCCUUUUCACCAGCCAAUUAAAAUCAAGUCAACGUUAUCAAUAAGAGAAAUGGAUGGAUUGAAACUUGUCUCCAUGUUUUAGCAAUCAAUCAAGAUUUAUCAUCUUCAUAUUCAUUGAUGUGCAUAAUUUACUUCACCUAACUUUGCACUUCAUACUUCUAAUAUGAUCUAAUCCUUCGCUCCUCUAACUUCCUUUCAACCUUUCCUUCUUAUAGCCAAAAAAAGUUUCUACUUCAAGUUAGCCCUACUUCAAUCUCCUCCUUUCAUUUUGAUAUGGAAACGUAUGAGCAGAAAAAGAAUAUGAGAAGAAUUAUUUAAUGUUAAAACAAACAAACCAGAUCUAUACUAGUUUCCAAUCAAUAUCAAUACAUCUCAAUGUUCAUCUUAUCAUGACCCAACACUCAAUUUAAAUUUGCCAUUCUCUUAUAAUCCUUGACCUUAAACCUUGACUUUCAUUCUGCUCCUAAAUAAUUGUGUUUCCAUACUCAAUUAUGUUUUCUAUGACCGAAUUGAUUGCCGAAAUCAGGAAAAAAUCUAACUACUUUGAGGUAUAGACAAAAAAUUGGAGCAAUCGAAGAUUUUUCAAUCAAGUCAAAUCCUGACCUUUUCAUUUAAUUUAUUUGAUUAGAUAUUCUAACUAAUUUAAUGAGAUAGCAUAACAAAAAACGAGUCAAUAACAAAAAUAAAACCUUUUAUAUUGAUUUUAAUAAACUUUCACCCAACCCUUUUCCCACCAAUCCAACAAUCAAAAUACAGAAAUACCUCUUGAGACGAAAAAAUUUAGAAACUCAAUCAUAUUACAAUGAUUAAAACAAAAACAAACAAACAAAACAUUGUAACUUAUCAAUACUCAUAAUUUCAAUGAAAGGUUUCUGUUGAGAAAGAUAAAAUGAUGCAAGAUUCACCAUAGUUAUUAUUGAUUCAACAAAAUUUUCGCCAUAUUUCUUCACUCUUCCAUUUCGUACUGUAAAAUUCAUUGUAUUAAUACAAUAACUGUUGUAAUCACAAUCAUCAUCGUCAUCUUAAUAACUGCUUCUUGUUAACAAACUGUAGGAAAAAACCGUCAACUUGCCACCAACCCAAGUGUAUGGAUGACCACAAAACAAAAGAAUCAAGAACUCAUUAGUCUAAUCAGGGCUGCCCCAGCAUAAUUAAUUAACUAAUUGAAUGCUACCCAGUCUCUCCUUCAUUUUGCCAAUCUUAUGUUUUACAUGAUUUCUAACAUUAAUUUUGUUUUCCCUUUUCAACCUGUUUGAACUGCAAAUCACAAUUUUCAUUAUCAAAAAGUCAGAGAGAAAUACUUUACGAAAUUAAUGAUCCAAGCUCUAAUUGUUUUCUUCUUCUGCUUUCGUUUGAUAUUAUUUCUAUUAUUAUUAUUAUUAUUAUUAUUAUUAUGAUUUAUUAUGUUUAUUAUUAUUGCUAUAUGAAUAAUACCAUGAGCUGAUCAACCUA